AUGGAGUUUGACCAGUCACUUCUCAGCGUCCCCAUAAACCACAAUAACUUCCCUGCUAAGCUAUGGCGUUUGGCAAACGAUCCCAACAACAGGUCCGUUGUCUGGAACCUGAGUGGGGACGGAGUGAUCAUCGACCAACAGCGCUUUGAGACCGAACUGCUGUCGCCAGUCAAACAAGAAGCUGAUGUGUUCAAGACCAACAACUUCACCAGUUUCAUCCGACAGCUCAACCUGUACGGCUUCCGCAAGGUUUUCGACGGACUCUCCAAAGACAAGCACCCCAGCCUGCAUCACUUUCACAACCCCAACUUCAAACUGGGUCGACCAGAACUUCUGGUAAAUCUAAAGAGGCUGACCAUCAGUAACAAGGCCAAGAUCCAGGCUGGAGAGAAGGUGACCUGUCGUGCACCGCCCCGAGUCAAUCAACAAUCUGAGCACAACGAGAAAAGAGGUUCUGCACAACCAUAUCAGUACCACGGUACAGAAUCCCAUCAGGUGAAAAAGGGAUAUGACCGAACCCCGAUCCCAUCCCGUUCCUGGAACUUUCGUCACAGUGAUGUGCCCCCCUUCUAUGCUGAAAAGGGCAUCCCGGUUUCUGUUAUCCGCCGAUAUCAGCCCGACACUCUGCAUGGGAUUCAACCCAGCACCUCUGCUGUGUUUCGUCCACAGGAGCCUAAAUAUAUACCACAUCCCUCAACAUAUACGCCUGCAUUUUACUUGCCAGUAGUUUGUCAGUGUUGUACUCCUGGCUAUAUGGAAGCAAACAGAGCAGGCGGUGAUCAAGCAUCGCUUUCAUACUCACAUUAUGGUUAUUACCCGAACUAUACAAUGAGCUAUCCUCACAACAGCAUCCAAACUCCUGAAUGGGGGGCAAACAACACGCUCGAGUCUAAGAGGAGUGACGUGAACCUCGACAGAGUGUUUCAGAUGGUGGAUGAGUUCCAGAGCUUACCGAACGUCCACAUUGUGAAAGUGGGCACCCCUGUGAAAGCCCAGCACAUGCCCGCCUCAUCCGAGCCCUCUACAUCUACUCUCUACACCUCGUCUGCUGCUUCUAAACCUGAAUCUGCCAGUCUUCAGAGCUCCACACCCAAUACUGUGACAUCCAGUUCUGUGUCAGGCGUGAAUCCCUCUGGCAGUGUGGGCACUUACUUCAAACUAGAGUCAGAGGAGCAUAAAAUUGGAAAGCAUGAGGUGACAGGCAAGAUUCCUCAGCAUGUGCUCAUGACAAGCAUUAUAAUAUGA